AUGGACAAGAGAGACACAGAGACCCAGCAAGACUUCACCACACCGUGGUCAACUGCUCAGGAGUCUGACCCCCAUCUACCUGACCCCUACAAAGGGCAGGGAAUGUUGAGGACGGAAAGAAAGAAAAUUCCAAUCAGCUCCUUGCGCCUCAUCAGUGCCCGUCCUAAGCGCCACCCCCGGUCAGAGGUUAUAUGUAGAUCCCGUACCCCACGUUCAGAUGCCCGCCCGACCUGUGCUUCCUGCCACGCGGCGCGCGCCGCCCUCCGCCGCCCGCGCUCAGGGCAGGCGCUGUGCGGCCCCCGCUUCUGCGCCGCCUUCGGGGCCGAGGUGCUGCACAUGGUGGUCGCGGGCCACCUGCUGCCACCUGGCGCCGUGGUGGUCGUGAGCGCCUCUGGGGGUAAGGACUCCACUGAGCUGGCGCACGUGCUGCGGGAGCUGGCGCCGCGCCUGGGCCUCACACUGCGCCUCCUGGCGGUGGACCAGGGCAUCGGCGGCUACCGGGACGCGGCGCUGGCGACCGUGCGGCGCCAGGCGGCGCGCUGGGGCCUGCGGCUCACCGUCGUAGCCUACGAGGACUUCUUUGGGGGCUGGACGAUGGACACAGUGGCCCGCAGCACGGCCGCACCGUGUGCGAUGCUGCGGCGUGGAGCGCUAGGAGAGGGGGCGCGUCUCGUGGGAGCCACUAGUUCUCACCCUGUCUCCCCCACAGGCCACAAUGACGUCGUAGCCGAGAUGGUGCUCAUGAACUUUCUGCGCGGAGAAGCGGCGCGGCUGGCCCGGGGCGGGGGCCUGGGCUCGGCGGGCGAGGGGGGCGCUCCCCGCUGCCGCCCGCUGCAGUUCGCCUGGCAGAAGGAGGUGGUGCUGUACGCGCACUCCCGCCGUCUGGACUACUUCUCCGAGGGGUGCGUGUACGCGCCUCGGCCCACGGCGGCGCUGGACCUGGUGCACUCGGCUGAGCGCAGGGCGCUGGCCCCGGCCGUGCGUCCACCACCCUGCUCCCGCUGCGGGGUGCUGGCCAGCCGCGCGCUCUGCCAGGCCUGCGCGCUGUUGGACGGCCUGGCCCGCGGCCGGCCCCGCCUGGCCAAGGGUGACUGCAAGCACGAGCGGGGUAGGGGAAUGAGGGACCACGGAGCCGCGCCCAGGCGGCCUCCAGGCCACCGCCUUCGAGGACCCGGGCCCCGCUCCCGGACAACGAGGGAACCUCGCUACCUUGGCCCGAGGGGACAGCACCGCACGACCUGAACCCGGAAAGGCAGCUGCCUACUGAGGGGCCCGGGCCCUGUCAGCAGCGUGAGCCCGGUGAUCCCUGCUUGCAGCUGAGAUCGGCGAGGUCACCAACGGGGCGGACGUAGGGCCUUCACGGUCACCGUCCACCAUCUCCCUGCCUAGCCCAGCUCCAGCUCCAGCCCCAGCCCCAGCCACAACCCCAGCCCCAGUUCCUGCAGCCCCAUACCGCCCCUCACCCCUCUCCACUUCCUGUGCGGCAGCCUGGGACUCCUAACUGAGCUAGGCCUUCCCACCUGGCUCCAGAGCACCCGGGUAUUACUGGGUCCCCCUCCCCAUGCUGCCCUCACCCCUCCCCAACGGACCGCCCUGCCACAUCUCUGUCGUGGCCCAGUGAGGCUGGCAGGCACCCAGGCUUUGGGCUUCUUCGGAAGCAGAGGCUAGUGAGCCUGGGCUGCUGACCUAAGCUUUUGAUCUUCCGCGUUCCCUGAAAAAAAUCUCAAAUCCUGCAUCCCGGCUUUUUUGGGAGGACUGAGGUCCUGAAUAAACGGUGGUCCAGCCGGCCGUCCACACGAAGGUCCGGCCGCCAGAGGGCUCCUGGUCAGAGGGUUGCGGUCCAGGGGUCCAGAAGGUGAGGCCGCGUGGCUUCCUGCCUGACUCCUGGGGAGACUUCAGUGAUGGGGACCCCUCUGCAGGGUUUGCCGCGCUGGCCCCCUGACCACGAGUGCCCUCGCUUUCCCAUCUCCCUGGACUCUUAGGGACCUCCUGGAAAGAAGCUUUUCUUGAUGCGGUCCUCUCACCUCAUGCAGCCCUUGGUGGGGGGCUCCCCCCGGCCCCCAGCCCUUCUGCCUGGCUUGACCGCGUGGCCCGCGCUUUUCAGUGUUGUUCUAUCCAAACGAACUGAUGCCCGAAGGCAAUCACCAGAUCGCUUCCCAUCAGAUAGUAUCUUGUCAGUCAUCAAGAAAUACUUGCUCACCCUAAAGGCUUUUCUGGACAUCGUUCUUUUUAAACUUUUCUGGAGCCUGCAGUCCUGCAGCUUAGAGGUAAAAAAUAUACAGCGCCAGGUGAUGAGAAACCACAUAAGGGGGAAGGUGGUGCUCUUGUAGUUUGGAGGCCAAGACAUCUUUGAGAAUGUGACUUUUAGGCAGACACGGAAGAAAAAGGUCAUUAGCCUUUACGGAGAGCUUGUGUCAACAGAGACCACGAGCCCAGCUGGAGAAAGGAGACAACAUGGAGGACAGUAAAGAGCUACCAACGUUAGGUUAGGGUUAGGCUCUUGGUCAGCAGUACAGGAGGUGAGACCUUGAAGCUUCCGGCCUGACCAGUGGAAAGACUCUGCGAUCUCAGCCUCCACCCUGGAACCCACCAGGUCUGCCUGGAAGUCUUCUGGAACUCCAUUCCCUUUCUGUCCUGGACAGUGGACACGCCAAACUCCAGCCUGUCUCCUGUCCUCACUGGGAGGCCAUCCAUACUCCUUGGUACCCUGUUUGCUAAUUAGAUUGGGCUGGAGGGCAUAGGUUGGUGCUCUACCAAUCCCUGUAUUAUCUCAGGGUUAGAGUGUUGUCAGCUUUUCACUCAACAA